AUGUCCAGUGGUGCAGAUUUGCAUCCGAGCGGUGCUGAGGUAAGAGUUUCUGAUUCAAUUUGUGAGAAUACGAACAAUGGCAGUGAAAAUUGCCGAAAUGGGUUUUACCCGAAUGCAAAGAAGUUCAAGAUUUUCAUAGGGUAUGAUCCGCGGGAGGAUCUUGCAUAUGAGGUCUGCCGCUACUCCCUGUUGAAGAGAUCCUCAAUCCCUAUUGAGAUAUUUCCCAUCAAGCAAUCUGAAUUGCGAGAAAUGGGUGUUUACUGGCGCGAAAGAGGGAAAUUAGAGAGCACUGAAUUCUCAUUCUCGAGGUUUUUGACUCCAUAUCUAGCAAAUUAUGAAGGAUGGGCCAUGUUUGUGGAUUGCGAUUUCUUGUAUUUACGUGAUAUUAACGAACUAGUGGAUCUGAUUGAUGAAAAAUACGCAAUAAUGUGUGUUCAACACGAUUACACACCUAAAGAAACAACAAAAAUGGAUGGGGCAGUUCAAACCGUGUACCCAAGGAAGAACUGGUCUUCAAUGGUGUUGUACAAUUGUGGGCACCCGAAGAAUAGUGUGCUAACCCCGGAAGUGGUGAACAAGGAGACGGGCGCAUUUCUUCAUAGGUUUCAGUGGUUAGAUGACAAUGAGAUUGGAGAAAUUCCAUUUGUGUGGAACUUCCUUGUUGGACAUAACAGGGUUGUUGAAGGCAAUCCAAGCACAUUCCCCAUGGCGAUACAUUAUACUCUUGGAGGGCCAUGGUUCGAGCAAUGGAAGGAUUGUGAGUUUGGGGAUCUGUGGUUGAAAGAGUUGGAGGAGUACAAGAAGGAAGCCGAAAAGAAGGUGGAUUAG